UUCUUGAUAACGCUGGCUCGACUAGCAUCAGGCAGGCCAUGUCCACAGCGCAAGUCAACGUCGCAAAGGCUGUUGCGGGAAGUUGGAUUGAUGAGCCUUGCGAUGAAGAUGACGAGCCUUGUGACCAGGCCAACCAUGGAGGCUGGCAUGCCACGGCAGCAGCGCCCGGCUCUGACCUGGCGCGGCCGCCCAUUGUGCCCGCCAGGCCUUGUGCGCCCCCCGCCAAAAGGCCCUGCCCCUCCUCGCGAAGCCAGCGCUCGCUAGGGGGCUCCAUGCAUGUGCCCAGGAGCGGCGCUGGCUCCACCGCUGUAGGGGCGGACGAGCCGGAGCGGUCGCUAGCAGCUAGCCACGAGCUAGGGGCGGGGUCGGCUGCGGUGCUGUCUGCUGCUGCGGCCCCACCGCCCGUCACACCCGCGCCCCCGCCGCCCUCGGCAGCGGCAGCGCCAGGGCCCUCGCAGCUUUUGCCAGCGCCCUCACCGCUGCAAGCAGCCGCACCGCCACCAGGAACGGGAAGCGGCGACACGGCGCCUGAGGCUGCGGCGGCAGCGGCAGUCACGCUCCCCACCGCGGCGGCGGCGGCGGCAGUGCUGGCGAACGCAGCACGCACCUCCUCAGCGCUGACUGCGGCCCCCUCCUGCAGCCACAGCGGCAAGGCAGCUGCCACUGGGGCAGCAACAGCAACAGCAACAGCAGCAACUGUCGGCGGGGCGACAGGCACCAGCGGUCCGCCGGCGCCGGGGCCCUCCUUGGCUCCGCCCGGCUCGCACGGACGCACCAGCGCUGAUGCCGCCCGGGCGCUGCCGUCACCCCCGGGGCACCACCAGCACCAGCACCAGCACCACCGGGCUGCGGCGGUCGGCUCGACUGCGGCGUCGCUGCAGUCGCUCAUGUCGUCUGGCAGCAUGGACAUGUCAUGGAUGACGUCGGGGCACGGCGCGGCAGCAGCGGCGGCGUGGCGGGAGCGAGGCAGCAGCAAGGGCCGCUGCCGCUGCUCCGAGCUCCUGAGGCACUACGGGCUGGCGCCAGCGCCGGCGCCCAAGUCGGAAGCAGGGACCGCACCCGCCGCGGCGGCGAUACCUCAAUGGACGCUGUCAGGGCUGCCAGCGGCGGCCGGGGCGGCGGCGCCGGUGUGCCGCUACGACGACCGUCCCGACCGGCGGCCCCGUGGCCGACCCAUGAGCCGUGAGGAGGCGGCGCAGCUGUUUGGCGCAGUCAGCGGCGCCGCCGGCGGUAGUGCUGGCGGCGCCGCCACCGCCUCCAUGCCGCCGCCGCGGACUGCUACAGCAGCAGCAGCGGCUGCGGCUGCGGCAGGGGUGGCUGGUGGCGGGGGCGGCGGAACGUUUGUGAGCAACAAGUGUUGGGCCAGGUUGAGGAAGUGGGUCCUGGGGCUGGCGGGCGGUGGCGGUGAUCCGGCUGGGCCGGCGGCGGGACUCACGGCAGAAGGCGGCAGUGACGGUCGUGCGGCUGAUGCUGCUGCCGCGGGCGGUGUCGCUGCUGCUGCAGCUGGUGGUGGUGGUGGUGGUGGUGGUGGUGGUGGUGUUGGGGGUGCUGGUGGUGAUGGAGCUGCUGCCCCUGUGGGUGCAGCUGAGGAAGGAGUGGAGGUGGACGACCUGGGGCUGGGUCUGGACGACUUGCCGCAAGGCCAGAACAGGUCCUGCCACUGCGCCGAGAUCUGGCGGCGGUACGGCCCCGCGGGCGCGCCCUACACCUGCUGCGCGCCCUCAGCGGCCGGCGGCGGCGGCGGCUGCAGCGGCCUGGUGGCGGUGACGCCGAAGAUGGUCACGGACCUCUUCCCGAACGCAACACGGCCGCCGCCGCGCUUCAGCCUGAUGGUGACGGACAAGUGUCAGGUGGUGAUGAGGAUGAAGGCCCCCGGCGGCCCGGUGGCGACGACGGCGGCGGCGGUGUCCGCUGGCACUGCGCGGCGGCCGGCGGUGACGCUGCUGCGGCUGGUGGGCGCCAUGCAUGCAGCGGUGCCGCCGGCGGCGCUACCCAUGGCGGCGCCGGCGGCGGGCGGUGCUGCGCAGCCGGCGGUGGCCAUUCCGUGGCAGCACUUCAAAAGCCCGGCCCUGCUGGAGCUGGCGCCUGGCGACGCCGUGGUGCUAGCCGCCAACACCCGCUCCGCCGACUUCCGCACACACAUCCAGCCGCACAGGCCCGCGACUCCAAAGGUGCCGCAGCAGGGGCAGGGCACCGUGUGUGUGUUCGCCGUGGCUCGGGUCCGGCGCCUCAUCCUGCCGCGAUGCAUUGCAGCCGCUGACGCCGGCGGAGGCGGAGGCGGAGGCGGAGGGGCUGUGGGCGGCACCGGCCGGCCUGCUGAAGACGAGGACCUGACGUGGGUGGAGCUGCAGCCCGGAAGCUGGCAAUGGGCCCACGCGCCCUGGGAGCAGCUGCAGGAGGACCUGGGCUUGUGCCCCGCCAACAGCAACAGCAUCCGGCGCGGCGUGCAGACGCCGGCCGGCAAGCACUACGCGGCCGCAGUGGAGCGGCUGCUGGACACGGGGGGCGCGGCCGCCGGCGCCGCCCGCAGGCCGCAGCUGCGCAGCGACAGACGGCCGCCGCAGCAGCAGCAGCAGCAGCAGCAGCAGCAGCUGGUGGCGGCGGUGCUGCCGCCGUGCCCCGGAGGCAGGUACCUCAAGGCGCUACAGCCAGCAGGGCGGCGGCGGUGCGGCGGCGGCAGUGGUGCGGCUGCUGCUACUGCCACUGCCGCCGCCGGCUGUGCAGGUGCGGCAGCAGCAGGAGCAGCAGUAGCACCUGCACAAGCCCCCACGGAAGCCACUGCACUGGUGCACCGCCCGGACAGCACAAGUGGCCGUGGCGGCGGCCCGGCCGCGGCGGCAGCCGGAGGCCACCGCCGCACUGCCGCACCUACGGCCGCAGCGCCAGCCCAGGCGGCGUUGGCGGGGGUGGCGGGCAGCGGUGGCGGCGGUGGCGGCACCGGGCCGUCCGCGCUGCGGCUACGCAAUAGGACCCUCGCCAGCGCCGGCUGGCAGUUGAUAGGAGGAGGCGGAGCAGGUGGCGGUGGCACGUGCACGGCUCAGCAAGUGCCCGCUACAGCCGCAGCAGCUGCAACAGUUGCUGCAACCGCAACCGCUGCAGGUGCGGCUGUAGCAGCCGGUGGUCCGGGCGCAGCUGCGGCUGGCGUGGCGGAGGGCCGGAAACGCCGGCGGGUGAGCGGUUUGGCGGCGGCGACGACGGCGGACGCCUGGCGCUCAGGUGCGGAGGACGGGGAGCGGGGUGACACCAAACAUCUGGAUGAAGUUGACACCGAUGAGGACGUUCUGGAGGUGAUCCGCGUCAACAGCCGCGGCGGCGGCGCUGCCGGCGGCGGUGGUCAUACGGGUGCCCCCGCGAGCGCGCCGCCUGGCGAUGCCGGUGCGCAGCGGCAGGCUGGUGUUUGUGGCAGGCUGACCCUCCAAUCCUCGGGCGCCACCGGUGUUGAGGCGGGGGCCGCGACCGGAGCCGGGGCUGGGACUGGGGGCGGCUCGCCCGCUGGCGGCGCUGGGGCUCCGCCUGGCACCGCGAGCGGGCAGCAGCGGGCUGGCGCCGCCGCCGCGGUGCAGGCGCAGGCGCAGGCGCAGGCGGGCGUCACUGGGGCCGGGGUCAGGACGGGUGGCAGUGCUGGUGGCGGUGGCGGUGCUGGUGGCGGUGCUGGUGCAGAGCUAGCUAGGGCCCGGCCAGAUGCACCGUCUCCGCCGGACGCGGAGCUACAAGCGACGGGUGGUGGGUUUCACGAUGGCGGGGGAUCCGCGCAGGCGCCAGCGGGGCUGGGGCACGGCGCGGCGGGUGGGCCUGGGGCGGUGGCACUUCCGAGCAGCGGCGGCGGCGCAGGCACCAGCGGUGACUGCGGCGGCCGUACUGGCGACGGCCCCGUGCACGCGUUUGAGGCGGCGCUGCGCCGGCAACGGCAGAGGUGGCGGCAGGCGGCGGAGGUGCGGGUGGCGGUGGCGGAGGCGCAGCGGGAUGAGGCGCGGGCGCAGGCGGCGGUUGCGGAGGCGCGGGCGCGGCGGCUGGAGGCGCAGCUGGAUGAGGCGCGGGCGCAGGUGACGGCGAUGCUGGCGGCGGUGGGUGCGGACAUCUGACACGUGAUGGCUGGAGCUGUCGUUGAAAGUGCUGCGGUAGUAUAGCAGUGGCGGCGGUAGCGGCUGCAGUAGGUGGUUAGGUUGUGCACACAGCAGCACGAGUCUGCAUGAGCGGUGUGGCAGCGGCAGAGGCCGCGGCGAUGCAGUACUGUGCAGUGGUGUCAUGAGCGUGUGAGUGCUGCAUAUGUCUCUCGUGUUGUCGCGGUGUGGGAUUGCCGUGAGGGCCACGCGUGGCUGUGCAGGUGUGUAUGAUGUAGGGCGGCUGCUGGUGCUGUGGCCCCGGCUGUGUGCACCAGCCGUCCAACACACGGCAUCAGCCAUGCUACACAGUGCCAUCUUGCAAUGAUGUCGCAUUCAGGCAU